AUGCUGGUUCUCUUCGAAACCCCGGCGGGGUACGCUAUUUUUAAGUUGUUGGAUGAGUCAAAAUUAUCUGAAAUAGAUAAUGUUUAUCAAGAGUUCAACACACCAGAGGGGGCUGCUUCAGUGGUAAAGCUGAAAAACUUUAUAAAAUUUGAAGAUACAACUGAAGCUCUUGCUGCAACAACUGCAGCUAUAGAGGGAAAGAUUUCUAAAACACUAAAGAAAGCUCUUAAAAAGUAUGUCAGCAAAGACAUACAGGAUCAACUGCUCGUUGGAGAUGCAAAGUUAGGAAAUGCUAUCAAGGAGAAAUUUAACUUACAAUGUGUAUCAAAUAGUAAUGUGCAGGAAUUGAUGAGGUGUAUCAGAUCGCAAAUGGAUAGCCUUUUGACUGGUCUACCAAAGAAGGAAAUGACUGCUAUGGCUCUUGGUUUAGCCCACUCCCUCUCUCGAUACAAGUUGAAAUUCUCCCCUGACAAAAUUGACACUAUGAUUGUCCAAGCACAAUGUUUACUGGAUGAUUUAGAUAAGGAAUUAAACAACUAUGUUAUGAGAUGUCGCGAGUGGUACGGCUGGCAUUUCCCCGAGCUAGGAAAGAUUAUCACAGAUAAUACGCUCUUUGUUAAAAUCGUCAAACUAAUGGGUACUAGGGAUAAUGCAGCAAGUACGGACUUAUCAGAUAUCCUACCAGAGGAUUUGGAAGAGAAGGUCAAGGAAGCGGCUGAAAUCUCUAUGGGAACAGAAAUAUCGGAUGAUGAUAUUAUGAAUAUUCAGAAUUUAUGUGAUGAGAUAAUUAACAUAACCGACUAUAGGACACAUUUAACAGACUACUUGAAGGCAAGGAUGAUGGCAAUGGCACCAAAUCUCACUGUGUUAAUUGGGGAACAUAUAGGAGCUAGAUUAAUUGCACAUGCUGGUUCUCUGAUGAACCUGGCUAAACACCCAGCCUCCACAAUACAGAUAUUUGGUGCCGAGAAGGCUUUAUUUAGAGCUUUAAAGACUAAAAAAGACACUCCUAAGUAUGGUUUGAUCUAUCAUGCACAAUUAGUUGGUCAGUGCAGUACGAAGAACAAAGGUAAAAUGUCCAGAAUGCUAGCGGCAAAGGCGGCGUUGGCUACGCGCGUGGACGCCUUUGGUGAUGAAGUGUCUUUUGAACUUGGUGCUGAACAUAAAGUGAAGUUGGAGAACAGAUUAAGGCUACUAGAGGAAGGAAACUUGAAAAGGUUGAGUGGAACUGCCAAAGCUAAAGUGAAGUUUGAGAAAUACCACAGUAAAACCGAAGUGCAUCAUUACCCCACAGCGGGUGACAGCACCCUGGGUCAGAAGCCAAUCAAGAGGGAACAUUCGCCUGAUACGGAGGCACCCACCAAGAAGAUCAAGCUGGAAGAUGGUGCUGAAGAUGUCACACCAAAAAAAAAGAAACCAAAAACAGAACCCGCCGAUGAAAUAGAUGGUCAGUUGAACGGCUCGGAACCAGUCUCCGAGAAGAAGAAGAAAAAGAAGAAAAACAAACAGUCACUUGAGGCAGAAGCAGAAAUUAAGGAAGAAGAGGUUAAACUAGAAGAAAAUGUGGAAGUGAAGACACCGAAAAGUGAGAAGAAGAAGAAAAAGAAGAAGUCAAUGUCUGAAGAUGCAUAA